AGUUUGGAAAGCAACCUCGGAGCUGCCACGGGCUACCGAUGGGUUCUUUGCCGUGUUUAUACGUCUAUCCUGUUUUUAUUUUACCGCUUCCUCUCUCUCUCUUUUUAAAUAUUACCUUUACCUAAUAUCAUUAUUUUCACAUUUUCAUAUCGAUAAAUCGUCCUUACAACAAAAACAACAUGCAUACUACGUUCAGUUGAUAGAAAAACAUAAUAGACUUUUAUCAACGCUGCAUCGUCAAGAGGUUUGACUCCGUUGAGGAAGGGCAAAGAAGAAAAGUGUCCCAAGUAUGAAUAUUCUUUAUGAAGUAUUUUCCACGUCUUUCGAUUCAGGUAGUUAAGUUGAUUUGAGAAAAAAAAUCUAAAAGUGACGGGGUGUGGCUUAACCGAGCCACGAGGUGUUCUAGGCUAGCUUUCAAAUUAUACGCAAAGAUACAACAAAUAAUCAAGAUUGUUAAAAGAAAGAAAAUACAGUAAUGUCUGUUCCUUCUACAUCAUCAAAAAAGCUUAGCGAAGGAAAACCAGGAGGUACAAGUCCAAGUCCUGUCGAAGGUAUCGAAGUAGUUCCUGGACCUAGUUCCUUAGAUCCUAUGCAUUGUACCUAUCCGCAAGAUGGAGAAUCAGAAGAAUAUGGGGAUGAAGAAGAUGACGAGGAUGAAAGUAGCGAAGAAGAGAGCGAGAUUAGCGAGUCUGGCCUUUUUUAUGAUGCUGAGUGUGAAGAAGAAAUCGGAGGUAGUAGCUGUUCGUCGCCAGCGUUACAAACUCAAGCAUGCUUACCGCCGAGAGGCCAUACUAUAAUACACACAUGCGUUCCAUUGGAUAUUGUACAACCUCAUAGAAAACGAAAAAGUGAAACGGAAUCUAGCUUACCGUGCAAGAAACCUAAUCCGGAUGAUAAAUCUCACAUGAUGAAUAUCAAAAAAGUGGAUGAUAAGGCUAAACACGUUAGAUGCAUCAUUCCGACGAAGGAUAAUCCACCGCCCGAAAUGAAUAGUUGGCUUUUACAAUUUCAAAGGUGGUCAAAUGCAGAAAGAAUGCUAGCUAUAGAUGAAUUAAUAGAAAGAUGCGAACCAACGCAAGUCCGUCAUAUGAUGCAAGUUAUAGAACCACAGUUUCAAAGGGAUUUUAUAUCCUUACUGCCAAAAGAAUUAGCCCUAUCAGUAUUGGCUUUCUUAGAACCAAGAGAUUUAUUACGUGCAGCUCAGACAUGUAGAAAUUGGAGAUUUUUAGCAGACGAUAAUUUACUUUGGAAAGAGAAAUGUAUAGCUGCUGGUAUAGAUGAUUUAAAAGAUUUACCUUUGUGGAAACGUAAAAAUGGAAGAAAUCCUGGAAAUUCAUCGUCACCGUGGAAACAAGCUUACAUGCGACAACACAAUAUCAAAAUGAAUUGGAGAACAAAGCCUAUCCGUACUCCAAAAGUUCUUAAAGGUCACGAUGAUCACGUUAUUACAUGCCUUCAGUUUUCUGGCAAUCGAAUAGUUAGUGGUUCCGACGAUAAUACUCUUAAAGUUUGGUCAGCCGUUACGGGUAAGUGUUUACGAACAUUGGUUGGACACACUGGAGGUGUCUGGUCUUCUCAAAUGUCAGGAACUAUAGUGAUUAGCGGUAGUACAGAUCGUACCUUAAAAGUAUGGAAUGCAGAGACUGGUCAGUGUAUUCAUACUUUGUAUGGGCAUACAUCGACGGUGAGAUGUAUGCAUUUAUAUGGAAACAAAGUGGUUAGUGGUAGUAGAGAUGCCACAUUAAGAGUGUGGCAAAUAGACACUGGUGAAUGCCUUCACGUACUUGUGGGCCAUUUGGCAGCUGUCAGGUGUGUGCAAUAUGAUGGAAAAUUAGUUGUAAGUGGAGCUUAUGAUUAUAUGGUUAAAGUAUGGAAUCCCGAACGCGAGGAGUGCCUUCAUACAUUGCAAGGACAUACCAAUCGCGUCUAUUCCCUCCAGUUCGAUGGUGUGCAUGUUGUUAGCGGAUCACUGGAUACGAGUAUAAGAGUAUGGGAAGUGGAAACUGGUGCUUGUAGACAUACUCUUAUGGGUCAUCAGUCGCUUACUUCAGGUAUGGAAUUGCGUAAUAAUAUUUUGGUGUCUGGAAAUGCAGACUCUACGGUCAAGGUUUGGGACAUUGUUAGCGGGCACUGCCUUCAAACUCUUUCUGGUCCAAAUAAACAUCAGUCGGCGGUUACUUGUCUUCAGUUCAAUAGUCAUUUUGUGAUUACAUCCUCCGACGAUGGUACAGUUAAGCUAUGGGAUGUCAAAACUGGUGAUUUUAUAAGAAAUCUAGUUGCUUUAGAAAGUGGUGGGAGUGGUGGAGUUGUAUGGAGAAUACGUGCAAGUGAUACAAAAUUGGUGUGUGCAGUUGGUAGUCGCAAUGGUACGGAGGAAACUAAACUUCUUGUUCUCGAUUUUGAUGUAGAGAUAAAAUAGCACUUUCUCACAGACUGGAUUCCUGAUCCUUUGUACGACUUCUGUACAUACUUUUAUUAGGUAGCAUAACCAAUUUACUGUACAAUGUUUCAUGUAUUACAUGGUGUGAUUGUGAUAAGACUGUUGUACGGUGGAAAUUUGAAGAAGUUGGUUCAAGUCAAUUUUGGACAUUAUGCGCAAUCUUUAAUUAGAUGAGUUGUCUAACAUUGACGGGAUUAAGUAGAUAACUUGCAAGGUGUAUCAAUUGCAGUGUACAAAUAUGAGAUUUAAAAGACUCAAUAUAGCCUCCAGAAAAUGAGAGCUUUACAAGUGUAAUACUGAAUUAUUGCUGUUAUUGAAUUUAUCAGAACUAUUAUGAAUAUAAAAGAGGCAUGAUCAUUCUUUUAUAUUGAAAUUGUCAUUGUAAGUUUAUGUGGGCUGUUGAAAAUAUUCCUAUUGAGAAAAACCAAGAAAAAUCUAAUUUGUUACAAUAUAAAAAAAAAAGGUUUUAUCGAUACUAUAUAAUGAAAGGGUUAUUUAACAAAUUCCAAAUUAAAUAACUAAUGACUUCAUUGCCCACGUAGUUAUAUUUUUCUUUUUUAUUUUAUUGAAGAAUUUAUAUCUAAUUUUAAUCUAAAUUGAAUCUUAUUUUAAUCUAAAUGCAAAGAUCAAGAAAUCAUGCCGCAUUAUUUAGGUAUCCAUCUGUAUCUAGAAAAAUAAUGUUUCUUUAAGAAGGGAAAUACGUUGUUGUGAGACUGAUAAAGAUACGCAUAUGGGAGGACACAAAGAUUUAGAUUUUAUAACUAUCACUUGGAUAUAAUGAUGUAUAAUGUUAUGAAUAUUAGUAAAUCGUUAGGUAAAUAGUUGCAAUUUAUUUCAUUUCAACGUCUUCAUUCAACAUUGAAAAUGAAAGAAAGAAUUUAAUUUAUUUGAAAAUGUACAAAAUUUGAUCUAACAAAUUGGACGUGUAUAGAAAUGAUUGAGGAAACAUAAUUCGGUCUUAAUUGCAAUUUUGGAAUUGCAUCGUGCUGAAUAUGACUUAAAUUUGUUUUUAUAUAUUUACGUUAAAAAUAGGCAUAUAUGUAUAUUGUGAUAUAUAAAUAUUUUCAUUAGGUGUAAUCCCAUAUGUGUGGCGAUUAAAAUCUCCAUCAUUGAUUAUAUUCAAAAAAUUAAAAUGACUUUUUUAUAUAAUUAUAAAAAAAUAUCUACAAAUCAGCGGAUCAUUAGAAUUAUUGCAAAAGGAUUUAUUUAUUCUAUGUAAGCAAUCGUAACGUAAAUCGUGACGUAAAUGAUUAUAUAAAUGAUUGGAAGUAAAUGUAAUGAAAAGGCUCGCAUCGAAAGUUACAUAAUAGGAGUAUCUUUUCGAUAAUUCAUUCAAGUAUUUUUUUCUUCUUUUUUUUUUUCUUUUCUUUUCUUUUCUUUUCUUUUCUACAAAGGGCCAAUAAUAAGAGCUGCAUAUUAUUAUCCCCCUGCAUAUGAUAAAGAUGUAUAAUUGAAUUUCAUAAAGUCGCUUGUGUAAUCAUCACGAUCUUUAGGGACAUUUAUUAUUCCACAAUUAAGGAUUUAUCCAUUAAUUCGAUCGAUUUAGACAAUAACGUAUCAUUGAAAAGUAGAAAAUCUUCAAUAUAUUCAUUUGUUCUUUUGUAUUUGCAUCUUUUAUUAUUGAACCCUGGUUAUUCUAAGGAUCGUGUUUUAUUUGUAUAUUGCUUAAUAGUUUAUAUUAUAAGGAUGUGUUAUCUGUUGUAUCAUUUUUUACAAGAAAUAGAAAAAUGUUACUCCAUUUUAGAAAAGUCGUAUUUUUAUUUACUAUAUUCUGUCAUAAUGAGAUUUGUCUAAGAGUAAAAUAGAAUCUGUACAUUUAGUUUCUCCUAUAUAAAUAGAUAAUAUUUUUUUAACGUUGGAAAUGUAGCAACAA